AAAAACAGAUCACUUCAACUAUUCACUUUCUCAUUUCUCAAAAUCAUUUCACCAUGGCGGAUUCCACGGGGAUGACGCUGAUGGAUCUGAUAUCGUCAGACCCUUCGUCGGCAAAGCCCUCUUCAUCCUCGUCGACGGCGGCGCCUCCGCCCGAGUCACCGAAGAAUGCCUCUGUGGGUGCUCCCGUGCCGGUGGUGGUUGAUCGGAAGUCGAAGAAGGGGACUCUUAUGCAGAUCCAGAGCGAUACUAUCUCUGCCGCUAAGGCCGCUUUCAACCCGGUCCGCACCAACAUCAUGCCCCAAAAGCAAAAGAAAAAGCCGGUAUCUUAUGCCCAACUUGCUAGGAGUAUACACGAGCUAGCAGCCACUUCAGAUCAGAAAAGUUCCCAAAGGCAAUUGGUGCAUCAUGUAUUUCCAAAGCUUGCUGUUUACAAUUCUGUUGACCCAUCUUUGGCUCCAUCACUUCUCAUGCUUGACCAGCAGUGUGAGGAUAGGACUGUACUACGUUAUGUUUAUUAUUACUUAGCCAGAAUCCUAUCAGACACUGGUUCACAAGGUUUAAGCCCAGGUGGUGGGAUACCUACUCCAAAUUGGGAUGCUUUGGCUGAUAUCGAUGCUGUUGGAGGGGUGACCACAGCUGAUGUAGUUCCUAGAAUAGUAGAGCGGUUAACUUCAGAGGCUUUAAAUGAAGAAGCUGAAUUUCAUGCAAGGAGAAUACAAGCAUUAAAGGCUCUCACUUAUGCACCUUCUAGCAACUCAGAAUUACUGCUUAGGCUGUAUGAAAUUGUGUUCAGCAUCCUGGAGAAGGUUGGUGAACCACAGAAAAGAAAGAAAGGCAUAUUUGGGACAAAGGGGGGUGAUAAGGAGGAAAGAACAGGUGGAAGCAGAUAUAGAGCAUAUGAGGGUCCUGGAUCCCCGAUAAGAGAAGAACCUCCUCCAUACUCUUCGCCCAUUCAUCAAAGAUACGAGUCAUUUGAAAAUCCGUUAGCUGGCUCGGGUUCACAUAGUUUUAGUUCUCAUGAUGAAGAACGAACAUCUUCGGGAAAUUCCAAAUCGGGGAGUGCACUUUAUGACUUUACUGCUGGUGGUGAUGAUGAGCUAAAUCUCACAGCUGGAGAAGAAGUUGAAAUUGAAUAUGAAGUAGAUGGAUGGUUUUAUGUUAAGAAGAAACGCCCUGGGAGGGAUGGGAAAAUGGCAGGGCUCGUUCCUGUACUCUAUGUCAGCCAGUCUUGAUGCUGAUGGCACUUUAAAUAAUUCAUUCCCUGGCUUGCUCAAGACAAGUUCUUUGGCUGAUUACUAGUGUUGGUGAUACAUGCGGAUAAACCACUUCUGUGCUAUUAUUAGCCUGAAUUGCUUGACUCAUUUCUAUCGGCUAAAGAGAUUCUUGGAGAUGUUGAUGCCUUUGAGUCUCGUGUUUGCGCCAUGGCUGCAUAUCAGUUGGUUGGCUUCAGGACUUGCUGCUUGUGCUGCUGUUAGUAUUGAAGCACGUUCGAACAAUUUCAAUCGACUGCACUUUUAUGUAUUUCUUCUCUCCUGUAUCUUUUUUAUGUGAGGCUCGUUUGUCCUGAGAUUAGGUAUCUGGUUUUAGUACCAGUUCUAAGUGACCUGACUAUCAAGUUUUUUUCGUAGCUUCUCUCGUCUGUACAUACUUUUUAGCAAUUGUGUCGAGUGUUGAGCAAAUUAUAUUUAACCUUUAUACAAAUCUAAUAUUUUACCUUAU